AUGGUCCGACUUGACAUUUUCGCGAUUAUCUUCGCCGCCAUCACUUCUGUCGCCGCUGACGGGUACUGCCAAUGCCUCUUCGCCGAUGGCUCCCAUUGCUGCGUUGUUGAAUACGGCAUCACUAAGGCCUGCGAGGAGCGGUGCAAAAACAACGGAAAUUACAAAAGGAAGUGUAACGCUGGUGGCAAGUACUCAGACGUCAGCUCUUGGAACGCACAAUGGCGUACUGCGUGCACAGAAGGUGAUAUUUAG